GUGUCACUUUACGGCCCAUCUCACCAGAACCGGAAGUUUUUCAGCAGCGACCGGGAGAAGAAGGUAAACAGAGGUUCAGCUGUGUGAACAGUCUGGAUCUAAGCUGACAGCUGGUACCUCCCCGUCCUGAGCCAAUGCUGGAUCUGGAGGUUGUUCCUGAGAGAUCCCUUGGCAACCAGCAAUGGGAGUUUACCUUAGGAAUGCCCUUGGCUCAGGCUGUGUCCAUCCUCCAGAAGCAUUGCAGGAUGAUCAGAAAUGUGCAGAUCCUCUAUAGCGAACAGUGUCCUUUGAAUCAUGACCUCAUACUUAGCCUCACUCAGGACGGGAUCAAACUCUUGUUUGAUGCUUUUAAUCAAAGGCUAAAGGUGAUAGAAGUAUACGAUUUGACUAAAGUCAAAUUAAAAUACUGUGGGGUUCAUUUCAACUCGCAGGCCAUAGCUCCCACUAUAGAGCAGAUCGAUCAGUCAUUUGGCGCAACGCAUCCAGGAAUAUACAACUCAGCAGAACAAUUGUUCCACCUCAAUUUCCGUGGUCUGUCGUUUUCUUUCCAACUGGAUUCCUGGACGGAAGCCCCUAAGUAUGAGCCCAACUUUGCCCAUGGAUUGGCAUCACUUCAAAUACCACAUGGAGCCAUGGUGAAACGCAUGUAUAUCUACAGCGGUAACAGCCUUCAAGAUACAAAAGCUCCUGCAAUGCCUUUGGGAUGCUACAUGGGCAAUGUGUAUGCGGAAAGUGUGGAUGUCCUGCGAGAUGCAUCUGGUCCCCUAGGGUUGAGACUCCGUAUGCAGAACACAGGUUGUGGUCCGGGAGUAAUGGCCGAUGCUAAGCUGCGUGUAUCUGAGCGGUGUGUGUAUUUUGGAGACUUGUGUCAGGAUGUGCUGAGCACACUCGGAGCUCCACAUAAAAUCUUCUACAAGUCAGAUGACAAGAUGAAGAUUCAUUCCCCGUCCCCCCACAAACAGGUCCCGGCAAAGUGCAAUGAUUAUUUCUAUAACUAUUUUACCUUGGGUGUGGAUAUUCUUUUUGAUGCAACCACCCACAGGGCCAAGAAGUUUGUUUUGCAUACAAAUUAUCCCGGACAUUACAACUUUAAUAUUUAUCAUCGCUGUGACUUUCGGAUUCCCCUGACAGUGAAGAGAGAUAGGUCAGAAACACAAACGGAAGUCUGCACCACAUACAGCAAGUGGGACAGUAUUCAAGAACAUCUAGGGCACCCAGUGGAGAAGCCAGUCGUCCUUCACAGAUCAUCAUCGCCAAACAAUACAAACCCGUUUGGAUCAACUUUUUGUUUUGGUUUGCAGAGGAUGAUUUUUGAGGUGAUGCAGAACAACCACAUAGCAUCAGUCACUCUCUACGGCGCCCCAAGAGCCAGCAGACAGCAGAAAUCCUCCGGGCUCAGCCAGUAAGCAUGGAACAGCGGGUGGGGUGGUACAGCCCAGUGUGCCUUCACUUGCUGACGGAUACUCACACAAGGCCCAGCUGUGUGUGCUGUUGGCAGAGAGGUGAGGAGCUGCACGGAUUGUGGGUGACUGCAGCUACUGCCUCCAUUUCCAGUUCCUGUCGGGCAUCAUCCUCCUUGCAGCCAGCGUGCCCUCCAACAUAGAAUGUCAGGGUCACCAGGGAGCUCUCUGCUGCGCAUAAAGCACAAACAUGCACGAGCCAUGUGCA